CUAGUCGGUAUUUGUAACAACGUAAGGCUCUUUAUGGACUAUCCUAUGAAAUUGAAGUUUAUUUGCAACCAAUGGAUACAGCGGGUAGUUGUUAAACAGUUUGCAUGCAGGCGACAGUAGACAUGUUUGCGUUCAGAAAUCCACUUUUUGGUGUUGCGAGCGGUCUCAAACAGUGAGUUAUUUGUAAAGCAAGUUAUUGAAUCAGCACGCGCGUACAAGCCUGCAUGUUGUGUUGAGUGCACGAGCUAGCUGUUUAGCUACUUGUUAGCUAACUUUACUGUCAACAGCGGGUGCAAAAUGCCAAGUCUGGAGUUCUAAACGAUGCAAUUCGCAUUCUAGGAUGCAACUUGUUUAGCAGAAACUCAAUUUAACGCAAAUAGAUGUGCUUGAACUGAACAACAGCACUAGCUAACGUAACGUUAUAUAGCUACGUUAGCUAGCUAGCUAGCUCACUUGAAUCUACUCAAGACGUGACUGUGAGCAGCUAGCUAGGUUUGGUGAAGAAUGGCUGGCACGGUAAUGGGCGUGGGCACUGGGGUUUUCCUCAUUGCUCUCAUCUGGAUUGUGGCUCUCGUGCUCGGGAUGAUCCUCUUGAGAGCUACUGGACCAACUAAGUUAGGGGUCAUCCCUGUCUUCCUGCUGGCCUUCAUUGCCACUCUUAUCCUGGUGUUCUUCCCCCGCAGCUCAGAGACCCUGUCACCAUUCAAAGAUAUCGAGAUCGUAGACACUUUCUUCAUCGGCCGGUACGUCCUGCUGUCGGUGACCAGUGUGGGCUUCCUGGUUGCUCUGUUCGGCCUGCUGCCCCUGCAUUUCCUGGAAGCUGUCUAUGCCAAGCCCUUGAGAACCCACUAGAGUGGAGCGGCCAGGCCAAGUUGACCCGCUAGACUAGUGGCCAGAGCUGUAUGUGCAGCGCUGGAGAUGAGUAAAGGCCAGCUAAGAGGGGCCCUAGUAAAAUGGAGCGCAGGACAGGUUGGCACCUGAACCAAAACACAGGCAGGGCCAAUGUUUUCUAUGUGAUCGACUGUUGUGUUUGUUGUUGGGGGGAGUUUUGGGCCAACCGUAAUUUAAGAUAUGCCAAAAUGUUGUCUGGUAUAGGCCACCCUAACAUAGAUGAUACGUUAUGAUGUUUUGUAUAUGGAUAGCAAGUAGUUUGAGUUGUAGUGGUGGGGUAGCAGUUGCAUUAACGGAAUGCAUUUAUCUCUAUGGCCUGAUUCAGAAGUUCAGAGGAUAAGACUGAUUUUAACUGUAUGUAUAUUUCUGACAUUUACUUUUUUUACUCAACUUGUAUUUAAAAAACAAUACAAAUAUUUUAUAAGACAACUUCAUUAAACAUUUCAUUGUUGGUUA